AUGCAAUACACAUCAUAUACAUGCAUGCAGGUGUUAAAGAAAAGAUCAAAACAUCGUAAACUAAGACAGAAGAUGCAAAUGAUGAAUCCGGAGAUAGAUUUGUGGUUGUCUAAAAACGCACUCCCUAAAAAUCUAAAGACGGUGAUUGUGAAAAAUGUACAACAAAAACUUGCAAAGAACAAUGUUGUUAAUACAGACAAUUUCCUCUGUAACCUUCCCAUAAAAGAUCGAAGGGAUAUCGUGAGUCAUCUUGGUUUGACUUCGUUAAAGAAAGUGUCAAUGUUCAAAAGUAUGGAUGCACGAAUACUCAAGGCAAUAUGUGAGCAUCUUAAGCUGGUAACAUAUAACGAAGACAGCUAUAUCAUUCGUGAUGGGGAACCACUUGAGAAGAUGUUCUUCGUCACAAGCGGCACUGCAUGGUCCUACACAACUAGUACCAAUGCCAAUGUCGCCGGAAGUACCAACAAUGGUUCAUCAAUUAUUAAGUGUCUUGCAAGAGGUGAUUUUUAUGGAGAAGAGCUACUAAAUUGGGCCACAACGAAAUUUGCCUCAUUUUCUGAGUUUCCUAUCUCAACUAGGACUCUCAAGACUCAAACAAAAGUCGAAGGAUUUGUUUUGAGGGCCAACGACUUGAAGAGCGUUGUCGCUAAAUUCUGGUGGUACUUUUCUAGUAAGAAUCUCCAUCAAUUGAAUAAUUCUCAGUUAGAGCAAUGGCAGAAUUUGGCAGCUUCUUCCUUACAAGCAAAAUGGCGCCUACGUCAUGAAAGGCUUAUUAAGACAGAGAGAAAGUAGACUAUAGUCUAAUACUCUAAACUACUUAUCAUUUUAUGUAUUAUUCUUUGGUUUUCUCCAAAUCCUAGCUAGUAAUCAUUGGAGGGUUUUCUAGCACUGUUAAUCCCUCAAAAAUCCAAAUCCCACCUAGCAACCAACUGUGCAUGUAUUAUAUUAUAUGUAGGGUAAAUUUCAUUUUA